CAGGCUGCAGAAUUCAUUGUAUUAAACGAGAAGGCUGCCGCUCGCUUCGCAUGCUGCACACAGGGAAAGGCAGACAGCCGGCAAAUUGACAAAGACCCCGUGUGCUAGUCCUGCUUAAACAUUCUUUUAUUUUUCAGCCUGGACAGCCCACCACACUGGACACAGGACAAGGCCAUCUGACGAAGGUGUGGCAAGAAAUCUCAGAUGAUCGCUCAGUCUAACGCAGGAUCCCUCCGCCGUGUACUACUGUACUAACAGUAUAUAUAGCGGGAGUACAGUUUGUGGAGUUCGUGCUUCUGUCUGGAAUGAACCAAGAGGGGAAACAGCAGAAGAUCUAGGAAGCUGAGAGCCGACCACAGCAUGUAAACGGCUGCCGGGUCUUGCAGAUCCGUGUUUCAAGUGUAUCACUGCCGCCGCUGCUGCUAGCUACUCGGCGCAGGGGCAGCGUCUUGUUGGGAUGCUCCUAGGAUAGUGCUCGCGUUCAAGUGAAAGGGUGACUGUACAGAGCGGCUGGAGCGGGGCAGCUCAUUGUUAUUCAUAUUAGAAUUAUCAGCAGCAGCCUUUGUCGCUGUCGCCUGGGAGAAUAUCGUGGGUAUUUGUGGACAAGGUCUCUAACCCUUCAACAUGGCCAAGUGCAAUGGAAGAUGCACAUUGGUGGUGAUAUGCGGAUUGCAGUUGGUAGCCGCUCUGGAGAGGCAGAUCUUUGAUUUCCUGGGGUACCAGUGGGCGCCCAUCCUGGCCAACUUCAUCCACAUCAUGGCAGUGAUUAUGGCCAUCUUUGGAACCAUGCAGUACCGCUCCCAUCACCUCAUCAUGUAUGCAGUGUGGCUGGUGCUGUGGGUCAGCUGGAACUCCUUUAUCAUCUGCUUCUACCUGGAGGUGGGACACCUGUCUCAGGACCGGCACUUCCUGAUGACCUUCAACACGUCGCUGCACCGCUCGUGGUGGAUGGAGAACGGGCCGGGCUGCCUGGUCACUCCGGUGCUGAAUUCGAACCUGGCGCCCGACGACCACCACGUGAUCACGGUGUCCGGCUGCCUGCUUGAUUACCAGUACAUCGAGGUGCUGAGCAGCGCCCUGCAGGUCUUCCUGAGCCUCUUUGGCUUUGUGUACGCCUGCUAUGUCAGCAAAGUGUUCCUGGAUGAUGAAGACAGCUUUGAUUUUAUUGGAGGAUUCGAUUCCUACGGGUACCAGCCCCCUCAGAAGACCUCACACCUGCAGCUGCAGCCUCUCUACACGUCUGGAUAAAGCAGCUCUCCCCAGGACUCAGAGAACCCAGUCGUCUCGAUGAAGAGCUUGGGGGGCUGCGUUCUUAUCUCAAUCCGAGGAGGAGGAAGAGGAGGUCUGCGGGAAAUCGAUACAGACGUUUUUUUUUGUGAUAACCUGUGGCUCCUUGGCUGUGCUUGAGCAUACAUAAACAACCUGCUGCCCAGAGAGCUGUCUGGGAGGGCAAGAGUGCCAUCUGCUGGACAACUGGGUGAACUGCAACACGACACUGAUAAAUACACACAUUUAUGAAAAAAGGAAACCAGAAACCGCAGGUACUUAUAGUUCUGCAGGCAGUGUUGGGAGGAAUCUCUUCAAACCAGCUGAGGACCAAGCUGGGGAAGAUGGUUUCUGUCUGUUUUUUGUUAGUUUGUUUGUUUGUUUGUUACAGAACGUAUACUACUUUUUAAAUUGUGCAAGAAACAGAGAUGCUGUUUCCUUACCGAACAGACAGACCUUUCAGUGUCUUAACGUGUGAGAGUGUAUGAGAGGCUAUUGGGGCUGGUCUGAGUGGGGGAGGGGGUGG